UGACACGUCAAUUUCUUUUGCUGACGGUGAGUGAAUCUACUUCUCUCCCUCCGUCUCCUUCCUUGGUGGCUGCCCUCACGUCAAGGGCUCCGCCGCCAUUCUGAACAUCCCCCCACCUGGCGAACUCCCUCCCACGCCCGGCCUCCUUAACGGCGCACGACGUCCAGGCGGCGACGACGAAGGCAGCAGCAGUGAAGGUGGCGCACAUGGAGCCAUCCUCCCUCUCGUCCUUGAUUUUGGCUCCACUUCCCAUCGGAUUUGUUGUGUUCUUGGUCCACUUGGCCACCAUUCUCAUUACAGGAACUGGAAUUAACCCUGUCAGGAGUCUUGGAGCAGCCAAUAUCUACAACAGGGACCAUGCAUGGGAUGACCAAUGGAUUUUCUGGGUUGGACCUUUCAUUGGAGCUGCUCUUGCUGCUUUAUAUCACCAGAUAGUUAUCCGAGCCAUUCCUUUCAAGAUCGGCGUCGGGAAUGUGCCUAGCCACGUCGUGAGCUCUCGUUCUUUAUUGUUAAAGAGAACUGAAGAAGAGUGGAAGAAGACGGAGGGAGAGAAGCAGAUUCACUCAGUGUUAGUAAAAAAAGGACGUGGGAGACCACCUUUAGUCACCUUAGUAGUUAGUUUGAGAGAGGAAUUAAAAAUAAAUUCGUUUAAUAAUUUAAAAACUAAAAAUAUAUUUAAUUCUAAAAUAUUUGAUAACGAAACAAUAUUUCAGACUCAAAUAUAAACAAAAACAGCUAAUUUCCUUGCUAAAUAAAUAAAAUAAAACUAACUAAUGUGUAAUUUUAACUUCCAUAUUUUGU